AUGGACGCGUCAGCGCUUGAGCAGCAGAUGCUGGCUGCGGCCAUCGCCGCCUCGCUUGAGGAUUAUCAAAAGCAAGAAUCCAGCUCCACAUCCCGCAAAGUAUCGUCAGAAAAGACCAAGGAAAGCCCUCACAGCCUGUCUAAAGGGAGCGACAAAUUCAAGAGUGAACAGCCCAAGGAGAACCAGGCCAGUAAAAUUAGCCCACAGAGGACAUCCAAAGCAUCUAGACCAUCCACGCCGGUUGAGGACAAAGUUGUGGACCUGACCUACGAUUCUGACUCCGACUCAGAGGUGAAAGAAAUCUUCCCGAAAUCUAGAUCGACUGUGGGCUCGAAUACCGAUGAGGAUAUCCCACAGGAAGUGUCCGACAAUGAAAGCGACGACGAACUGAAACAAGCAAUCGCCAUGUCAUUGGAAAGUUCCCGGCAAGAUUCGAAAAAUUCAACAGCCGAAAUUCUUUCUUCCGGUCUUCAUGCAGACGACGGCUUGAAAAAAAGUACCCUUGAAACUGAAGUUGCUCAGAAGCCAGGAGGGCUCGGUAUUGACAGAAAGCAGAUGGAGCAGGAGCGUCUCGCACGCCUAGCAAAGCGUAAAGCUGGGUCUUCCCCUCCCUCAUUUCAGCCAUCUUCAAAGACAGCUCGUGUGGAUCCAGGCGAUGGCCCUACGCAUGCCUUGGCAGCAGAGCUCGCUUCUUCACGGACUGGGGGACUUGCCAAUAUCAGCUCCGUCAAGAAGCCAGUCGGUUCACUGCAACCAAAGCCUCGCCCUGCCAUUCAGUUCCCAUAUGGCGUGGUCAAGAAAACCUAUGUCGCUUUCGUUCCUCGGUCAAAUGAUGAUAUCACCAUGGAGGAAGUAUUCCAGAGAGAGGAUCUGAAGGUUGCUGUACUCAGCUCUUUCUUGUGGGACAUGGAUUGGUUGUUCACAAAGUUCAACUCAAGGACAACCAAAUUCAUCUUGAUGAUGGGGGCUAAGGAGGAGGCUACUCGCAAGCAAUAUCGAGAAGAAACAGCCUCGAUGCACAAUCUCGAUCUGUGUUUCCCACCUAUGGAGGCGCAAGUCAAUAACAUGCAUUCAAAGUUAAUGCUUUUCUAUCAUCCCACUCAUCUGCGAAUCGCCGUUCCCACGGCAAAUCUAACGCGGACAGACUGGGGUGAGAAUGGUUUGAUGGAAAAUACCGUCUUCUUGAUUGAUCUGCCUAGAAUCACUGCCGGUUAUCAAGGCAGGAAUCUGGAUACUGCAUUCAAAGAAGAGUUGGUCUAUUUCUUGAGAGCUUCUACACUUCGUGAAGAUGCAGUCAAAGCUCUCAAUGAAUUCGACUUUACGGAGACCGCCCGCUACGCUUUUGUUCAUACGAUAGGCGGAUCACGCGUUGGCGAGGCAUGGACGCGGUCAGGCUACUGUGGGCUUGGUCGCGCAAUAACACAGUUGGGCUUACAGCCACCCGGGCCGAUCAAUAUUUCUUAUGUUACAUCGUCAAUCGGAUCGUUGAAUGAUGACUUCCUGCGAGCCAUCUAUCUUGCCGCAAAAGGUGAUGACGGCAUGACGGAUUACAAUCUUCGUUACACACGAGAGUCAAGCACUCAAACGCAUGAUCCUCAACGCAAGGAGAUGCUGCGUAUGGGCAAUGAAUGGAAAGAUCGCUUUCACGUCUAUUUCCCCUCAGACCAGACUGUGCGUCUUGCGCACGCCGACCCCGAUCGAACUGCAGGCACCAUAUGUUUCUCGUCGCGAUGGUGGCUCGGUGCCAAGUUUCCUCGAGGGGUGCUCAAGGACUGCGUGAGUGAGCGCAGAGUUCUGAUGCACAACAAGCUCAUGUAUGUGUGGCCUUCUGAGCCUUUCAAGAUGUCUGAUGGCAGAGAGUGCAAGGGCUGGGCUUACGUCGGAAGCGCAAAUAUUUCAGAAAGUGCCUGGGGAAAAUUGGUGAAAGAUCGCUCUUCGGGCCAUCCAAAACUCAACUGCCGCAACUGGGAGUGUGGGGUCAUCGUACCUGUUACAGCUGCCAGCACUGAAUCUGCAUCCAGCGUCAUUGACACCAAGGGUGCAGUAUCUGACACAAUCUCAAAGUCUCAAUUUGAGGCACAAUCUCUUCCUGUCAAAGUCUUUCACGACACCGUGCCUGUCCCUCUGAAGAUACCCGGAGCUGACUUGACUGAGAGCCGCCCGCCAUGGUUUUUCCACGACUGA